AUGGCCGACGGCGAUGGUUGCUCCCUCCCCCUCCCCCUCCCAGACGGCUGCCUUUUCCUCGGGUUUGAUUGCUCCACGCAGUCGCUGAAAGCCACCGUGCUGGACGCGAGCCUCGCAAUCGUCGCCCACGACGCCGUGCACUUCGACUCCGAGCUGCCGCACUACGGCACGGAGGGCGGCGUCCGCCGGGACCCGGCCGAGCCGGGCCGCAUCGUGUCGCCGCCGCUGAUGUGGGCCGAGGCCCUGGACCUGCUCCUCCGCAGGCUCAAGCCCAGGGUGGACUACGGCCGCGUAGCCGCCGUCUCCGGCAGCGCGCAGCAGCACGGCAGCGUCUACUGGGGCCGCGGGGCGGGCGCCGCGUUGGCCUCCCUGGACCCGGCCAGGGGCCUGGCGCCGCAGCUGGCCGGCGCGUUCGCCGCGCCGGAGUCGCCCGUGUGGAUGGACAGCAGCUCGACGGCGCAGUGCCGGGAGGUCGAGGCCGCGCUGGGAGGCCCGCUGGCGCUGGCCCGGAUGACGGGGUGCCGGGCGCACGAGCGGUGCACCGGCCCGCAGAUCAGGAAGAUGUUCCAGACGAGGCGGGGCCUCUACGACGGCACCGAGAGGAUCUCGCUUGUCAGCUCGUUCAUGGCGUCGUUGCUCAUCGGCGGCUAUGCCUGCAUCGACCAGACCGACGGUGCCGGGAUGAACUUGAUGGACAUUGAGACGCGUCAGCUGCGCCAAGAUGCCCUUGAGGCUACAGCUCCAGAUUUGGAUGUGAAGAUUGGGAAGCUAGCACCAGCGCAUGCUAUCGCUGGAACUUUAGCUCCUUAUUUUGUUCAGAGAUUUCAGUUUCCAAGCAACUGUCUGGUUGUUCAGUGGUCAGGGGACAACCCCAAUAGCCUUGCAGGCCUAACAUUGAGCAAUCCUGGUGAUCUAGCAAUCAGCCUUGGAACAAGUGAUACAGUAUUUGGGGUUACUGAUGUGCCUGAACCAUCCCUGGAUGGAAACGUACUUCCUAAUCCAGUUGACCCCAACACCUACAUGGUUAUGCUUUGCUAUAAAAACGGAUCUCUAACUCGAGAAGACAUUCGUGAUCGUUAUGCUGAGAAAUCAUGGGAUGUGUUCAACAACUUGCUUGAGCAAACAGACCCCCUAAAUGGAGGGAAACUAGGAUUUUACUACAAGGAGCACGAGAUCCUGCCACCACUUCCAGUCGGGUUUCACCGCUACAUUGUUGACACCUUAACCAAUGGACCAUUAGCUGAGACCAAGGAACAUGAAACCGAUGAGUUUGAUCCUCCGUCAGAGGUGCGGGCGUUAAUAGAAGGCCAGUUCAUGUCCAUGAGGGGACAUGCCGAGAGGUGCGGCCUGCCGGUGCCUCCGAAGCGGAUCAUAGCAACUGGUGGCGCCUCGUCGAACCAGGCCAUUCUCAAGACGAUGGCGUCCAUUUUCGGCUGUCCGGUUUACACUGUUCAGAGACCAGACUCUGCCUCGCUGGGUGCUGCUCUGAGGGCAGCCCAUGGGUGGCUCUGCAAGCAGCGCGGCGAGUUUGUGCCGAUCUCACGCGUGUACUCGGGCAGAUUGGAUAGGAAAUCGCUCAGCAUGAAGCUGGCUGUUCCAUUUGGGGGCUGCGAGGGGGACGAUGAGCUCCUGAACAAGUACGCGUUGUUGGUGGAGAAGAGGCUGGAGAUUGAGCAGAAGCUUGUGGAGAGGUUUGGCCGUGUGAAGUAG